AUGGCCCCCAGCUCCUCCGCAAAGCAGCUCAUCGCCGUCGCCGGCGCGGCUUUCCUGCUCGCCACCGCCGUGGCUUUCCUGCUUGCCGCCGAGUCCUGCCGCCCGCAGCCGGUGCACCUACGGCUGUACAUGCACGACGUGAUGCGCGGGCCGGGGACGACGGCCAUCCACCUCAUCCACGGCGUCGGGCCGCCGCACGACGUCGAGCGGGGCGCCUACUUCGGCGACAUGGCGGCGAUCGACGAUGUGGUGACGGAGGAGCCCGACGCCGGCGCGCGGGCUGUUGGCCGGGCGCAGGGCACCUACAUGCUGGCCUCCCAGCACGAGGAGGUGCUUGCCGUCGCCGUCACCGUUGCGCUCACCGCGGGGACGUACAGCGGCAGCACCUUCUCCGUGGCCGGCCGCAUCGGGGUCUACGACGACAAGGCGGAAGCCGCGGUGGUCGGCGGCACGCGCCGGCUCCGGCGCGCCGCCGGCUACCUGACAUGGAGGAUGGUCGAGCUGGUGGUGUCCGAGGGGUACGUGAUGGUGGAGCUCGACGUGCACAUGUCCGUGCCGCCGGUGAGCGCCGCCGGUGGCAACUGGUGGUCAUCUCUGUUGCGAUCGAUUAACUAAUAAUAUAUAGCACAAUUAAAUUGAAUAUGCUCGAUCGUGGCAACUAUCUUUAAUUUUGCGAUCGAUCGAAUAACACAGCACAGAUUGCAAUCUUGGCUGAAUUAUAUUGCUGGUCAAUCUUGGCUCCUCCAAGCUAUUAAUUGGCUUGAUGCAUGUGUUCUCCGGAUCAUAUCCAUCCCUUGGCUUCGCCAGCCGGCGGUGGAGGGAACCAGAAGAAGAGCAGGGAGUA